AUGGCCAUCGACCAGGCCAGUGAAAACGUCGCCGCAGAUAUGGACGUCGACAUGAAAGAGGAAGACGAGACCUUAGCUGAGCCCGCACUGAGCAACACCCACCAGAGCGACCCCGAACCCAUCGAUACAGACCCACAGCGUCUCAGCCAGACACCCUCUGUAGCGCCUGACGCGCAAGCAGGUCAUACAUUACCAUCAGCUGAUGCGCCAAAUAGCGCAGCAUCGCUGCCAGCUGCUGCCUCCCCAAUGCCCCCCUCCAUUGCGUCGAUAGCAGCAUCAACUCGGCCGGGUUCAAUGCCUCCACAGCCGACUGCGAGACCGGAGAAGCCAAUUGCGCACGGUGGUCCAACUCGUCAGUAUCUGAAUAUGAACGUCACGCCACACCUUCUCGAGGGUAUGAAACAUCUCGCGGCGUAUGAACCUGAGAAGCCUUUGCUGUGGUUGGCGGACUUCUUGAGGGAGAAGAGCAAGGAGGUCGAGGGUCCUUGA